AUGAUCUGGAGGAAAAUUGAUCCAUCUGGUAAAUAGCCAGGAGACAGGGCAGCUCAUUCCUGUGAUCUAAUAAUGGGAAAACUAUUUAUCUUUGGUGGUUGGAAUGGAAUGAACGCGCUGGCUGACAUUCAUAUUUAUGAUCUGAAUUCAAAUUAAUGGUCAGAAUUAUAGACAAAUGGAGAGUUACCAUCUUAUCGAAACAAUCACACAACUGCAGUUCAUCAAACAAAAUUGUAUGUUCAUGGAGGUCAUAAUGGAAAUACUUGGCUAGAUGAUCUUUAUUAUUUGGAGACGAAUGGAUAACAUGGAUAAGCUACUUGGUACAAAGUACAUCCCCAAGGUUAGAUACCGACUGCAAGGGCUUGUCACUCUUUGAAUAUAGUUUCUAAGAAACUCUACUUAUUUGGUGGUUAUGAUGGUCAAGAAUGCUUUAAUGAGAUAGAAAUAUUUGAUACUUAAGAAAAUAGAUGGAUAUAACCAAGUGUGAGUGGAACAAUACCAACUGCUCGAAAUGCGCAUACAAUGACCAGGUAACUAAAUAAUUAUAGUAGAUAUAAGGAAAAUUUGUAUUUGUUUGGUGGCCAUUCUGGAGCAUAACAUUUAUAGGAUCUGCAUGUAUUCAAUACUUAUAAAUUGGAAUGGACUCAAGUGGUUACCAAAGGUAUUUUGCCUAAAGGAUUGAGAGGACAUACUGCUAAUUUAAUUUAAAAUAAUAUCUAUGUAUUUGGAGGUUAUGAUGGUUCAGGUAGGUCAAAUGAUCUAUUUAUUUUUAAUUUCUUAACUAAUUAGUGGGUCAUCCCUAAUCAUCACGGAACUGGAACCUAUUUAUAAAUGGAGGAGGUAGCCUUAUCUCAGAUCCCAUAGCCAAGACAGAGACAUUCAGCAACUGCCACAGGUAUGAAUUUAUUAGUGAAAUUUUAGAAAAUGAUCUUAUCUACAUCUUUGGUGGAUUCGAUGGUAACAAAUGGUUGAAUGAUCUGUAUGUGUUGGAUGUUGGCUUAUUAGAAAAUCGUACGAUUUAAGAGGAAAAUUAUUAAAGAGUCAUUUCAAAUAUUCAUAAAAAUCUAUUCAAUAAUUAAGAACUAAGUGACAUUACUUUUGUAAUUGGUAAUUAAAGGAUCUAUGCUCAUAAAAGUAAACAAAAUUACUAUUUAAAUUUUAGUUUAUUUGGCUGCUUAAUCUCUGUAAUUCAAAGCUCUCUUUUUCUCAAAUACAAAAGAAAGUGAUUAGCAGACAUUCAUCAUAGAAAAUUACUCUUAUAAAUCCUUUUAUAUUUUUCUACUUUUUGUUUAUACGGGAUUUAUCAAUGUAGCUGAGUUGGAUAUAGAAUUAAUGGGAGAAAUCUUAAGUAAGUUUAAAUUCUAUCUUAGGUUUGGCUGAUCAUUACUUGAUUGAUGGACUUAAGAAUCUAAUGCAGAAGAGCAUUAAGAAAUAUAUAAGCAACGAAACUGUUUGUGAUUUAUUAAUCUUUGCAUAAAAGUGUUCUGCUCAUUCAUUAAAAAAUGCUUGUAUGAAUCAUUUACUCAAGAAUAUCAAUAUUAUAUCUGAAUCUCCGAAGUAUGAAAAGCUAGAACUACAACCUUCUUUACUUACUGAAAUUACGAGAGCAUUACUAUAACAUAAAGAAUGA